CCUCCUCCCUGUGGCUGCAGACAGUGAAGAGACGCACACACGAGCUGCGAACAUUUGCAAACUUUAACAUGGACGUUAACGUGAGGAGCAAGUUGACGUCAGGACACGAGCGCUGUUGUGCUUUUAUUUAACUUGUUUAAGUGAGAGGGAGGAUGAUGAUGAGCGUGAAGAAGACUCUUCAUCUCAUCACAGGACUCUUCAUCGUCUUCCAGUUCCAGUUCAGCUUCAAUAAGAUCAAAUCUGCCACUGGGGUCUACCGCACAGACACGCAGGGGCUCCUUGCUCCAGAGGGACGGCUGCAUGUGAACAUCGGGAGUCACAGGGAGAGGAAGUGGGCGUCCAGGCCCAGGUCAGGGGCCCCUGGCUGGGCUGCAGACAAGAGGGGCCACUACAGAGACCAGCACCAAACAGAGGAGUCAGAUCUCGACCUGAUGAUGGAGGAGAGACACGAGAACUCUACUCAGAUUGUGGACACUGAUCACGCCUACUACACGUCUAAAAUCUACGGCCCUGGAGACGCGGCAGGUAAAGAGCUGUGGGUGAACAUCGAUGAGAUGGAGGAGGACGAGUGGAAGGUGCAUGGUUCCCUGUCCAACACCCACAGACAGACUGAGAGGGUGAAUCUUUCCUUCGACUUCCCUUUCUACGGACAUAUACUGAGAGAAGUCACCAUGACAACUGGAGGCUUCAUUUACACAGGCGAUAUAAUCCACCGGAUGCUCACAGCCACUCAGUACAUCGCUCCUCUGAUGGCCAACUUUGACCCAAGUCUUUCCAAAAACUCAUCUGUCUUUUACUUUGAUAACGGAACUGCACUGGUGGUUCAGUGGAACCGGAUUCACCUCCAUGACAUCCGCCUCGGAACGUUCACCUUCCAGGCCGUUCUGCACAGCGACGGGCGGAUUGUCUUUGCAUACAAAGAGAUUCCUUUUGACAUCAGCGACAUCAGCACCGAGAAUCAUCCUGUAAAAGUGGGAUUAUCAGAUGCUUUUGUGGUUCUUCAUGAAAUAGAGCAGAUUCCCAAUGUUCGGCGGAGAACCAUCUACGAGUAUCACAAAGUCGAUAUCCUCAAGUCAAAAAUCUGCAACUCUACAUCAGUGGAGAUGGUGCCGCUCCCGACGUGUCUCCAGUUCUCCAGCUGUGGUCCAUGUGUCACUUCUCAGAUUGGCUUUAACUGCAGCUGGUGCAGUCGGCUGCAAAGAUGCUCCAGUGGCUUUGAUCGGAACCGGCAGGACUGGGUCGACCUCGGCUGCCCGGAGGAGAGGCGGGAUCCCCGGUGUCUCCGGAUAACAGACGUCACAAACGCCACAUCUCACCACCUGACGCACACGACCACCCCGGUUACAGCGACCGCGGUGGAGCAGAGGACGUUCGGCAUGACCUCCGACCCCCUCAGCGGGACGUCCUCCAUCACCAGCCCCUCAACGCGCCGUAGCAUCACCAGCAGAAGAAUAACGUCCACACCACAGCCUCCUACCAGCAAACCUGCAGAGGAUGACACAAAGAUCUCGUUACACAUCAAUGAAGCACCAGCGGACGAGAAGGACACCGGAGAGAGUGACGAGCGGCUGCAGACCGGCCUCCUGGUGGGCAUCAUCGUGAUGAUGGUCGUCAUGGCAACAGCCGUCCUCCUGUCGCUGUACAUGUACAGCCACCCCACUUCCAGUGCCAGCCUCUUCUUCAUGGAGCGACGGCCAACCCGCUGGCCGAUCAUGAAGUUCAGACGAGGAUCUGGUCACCCGUCUUACGCUGAGGUGGAGGCGCCCGGUCAGGACAAAGAGGGCUCGAUGGUCAUCGACCCCAAACAGUCGUUUGUGAUGUCAGACAGAAGAGAGAGCGAACAGAAGGAAGGAUUCAUAGUUCCUGAUCAGAGGGAGCGUUUCCUGGUCUCAGAGAGCUCCUGACCAACACUACACAUCCCAGAAGGCUUUGGGGACAGAGCUGGUUCUCUAUGUAAGUUAGUAUUUUGUGCUCCAAUGCUGAAAUAUUUCUCUAUUUAGCUACUGCUCAAACUUUAACGACAGAAUUUGAGCCCAGAGAGGAAAAUUUUACUUCAGAUGAUUUUAUGUGACAGUUUGGCUUCGUGUUUACUUGCUGAGCCACAGAAUUUUUUUAUUUCAAACUGGAUAAAAACUUGUUUUUACUUUACUCAGGUCACGCACUCAUGUUUACUGCUAUGUUUGUUUCUCGUUCCCACACCUACUUCACACGCAGGAAUGUCGUAUUUGGGUGUCAAGUCCUCAUCUUUACACCACCUUCACCCGGGGAGCCACUUUUCACAUUUGUUUUAUUUUCUGUUCUUAAAAAUAAAGGCAGAAAACAACAGGUACUAACUGUUUUGCUGUACAAAUACGUACACUACAAGAUGGAAUAUACAGUUUACAUCAUCCAUAAUAUUAAUGUUAGACAGUCCUUCAACAUCUUUCUAACGUGCUGUAGUUGUUCUCCUGUACUGUGAACUGUAUAUUCAUGAUAUACAGUACAACUGCUGAUACGGUGUCUUUUUUAUCACUACACAUCAUUUGUAAAACUUUAAUUAUCAGACAGUUAAAUGUCCAACUCAUUGCAUUGAAAUGACAUCGAUAAAAAAUAUUGUUUUUAAACAGAAUUACAGAAUAUCCACUUUUAUCUAAAAAGUCAAAACUCAAAUGUUUGCGAUUUUUUUUGUUCUGGGUUCAGCUGCACUGUCUGUCUCACACAGUUGGAUCAAUUUCAAAACUGUUUCAAACUCAAAUCAGAAAAUAAAGUCAUUUUAUCGACUGUACAUUUCUGAAAACGACACCAGAAUCAAUGAUUUCCUGCACAUCGACUAACAACCUACAUAGAGCACUAGUGUCCCAGAUUAAUUGAGGUAUGUUUAAGAUAAAAUUAAGGCAAAACAAAAUCCGACAGGAUCAUUUA